UCUAGAUUUAAAUCUUGACUAUCUUUACCACCUGAAAACAAUGAAUUUGGAGCUCCUGCAAACUGUUGAUCAAAGCUAUCCUGAGCACAACGAUGGUAUUCUCGACUCUGGUAGUGAGGCAUUGACCUGCUCCUUCAAUAGACGAGGCACUCUCCUAGCUGUCGGCUGCAACGAUGGACGUAUAGCCAUCUGGGACUUCAUGACUCGAGGAAUAGCGAGAAUAUGCAGCGAACACAUUCACCCAAUAACAUCUCUUAGUUGGAGCAGGAGUGGGAGGAAGUUGCUCAGUUCGUCUACAGACUGGAACGUAUUUCUCUGGGACAUUGCCUCAGGCGAGAUUGAUCACAAGUUCCGAUUCCCAUCACCCGCUCUGAAGGCUCAGUUCCAUCCCAGAAACUGGAAAGUGUUUCUUGUGUGUCCGAUGAAGAAUGUCCCUGUGCUAGUCAGUAGAGAGGAGAGUGGAGAGUACAAGCACACUCCAUUACCAACCGACGGAGAGCCAGAGUUAAACAUUGUGGCGUCGUUUGAUCGUCGUGGCGACCGAGUGGUGACUGGCUCCUCCAAAGGAAAGGUGCUGAUAAUUGACACAGUGUCACUCGAGGUCCUCAAGUCCUUUAAACUGACAGGAACGGCCAUUAAAAGCAUUGAAUUUGCCAGGAGAGGAAGCAACUUUCUGGUGAACUCCGCGGACCGCGUGAUUCGAGUAUUUGAUAUUGAGGAAGUGUUGAAGCAACCGGAGGACGAGGUGGAGGCACUGCAGAGGCUACAGGACCUCGUUAACAGAACUCAGUGGAAGAAAUGCAUGUUCUCGGGUGAUGGUGAGUUUAUUGUGGCUGGUUCUCAUCGACAGCACGCCCUCUACAUCUGGGACAAGGCCACCGGGUCCCUCGCUAAGAUGCUCACGGGACAGAAGGGAGAGACACUCCUCGACAUAGCCUGGCACCCUGUCCGUCCGAUCAUCCUCUCCAUAUCAACGGGCGUGGUCAACGUGUGGUCCCAGGCUCACGUGGAGCUGUGGAGUGCCUACGCCCCCAACUUCAGAGAACUAGACGAGAACGAGGAAUAUGUGGAGAAAGAGGACGAAUUCGAUAUUGAGGAUGAAGACAGUACACUUAUGAAGGAUGGCAACAAAGGUGGAGAAGAUGCGUCUUCUUUUGAUGUGCUUGGAGUACAACCCAUUCCUGCAUUUUGCAGCAGUGAUGAAGAUGAUGAAGGAGCAUUGGACUGGCUACCGAUGGCCCCAGAGAUUGAAGACCCAGAGGAACCGGGAUGGGGUCAGCUAGAGCCUACUCUUAAUGAGCUCCCAGUGGACAGUGAUGGAAGCAGGAAGAGACCUACCGUGGAGGGGGAUAGUGAUGAUAAACCACCUGAGCCAAAAGUACCUAAAGUCACAGACUGUGAUAUAAAAUCUCUCGAAUCUUCAAACACUCAAGAAGAGAGUACAUUUGUAACUGAUGCACCCAAAGACAGCGUUCCUGAAGGUCCGAUAAGUGUGGAGACAAAUACAAUAGAGACUGAAAAAGCUAGUGAUGAACAAACAAUCGAAGAAGCUCACAAUUGAUCGGCAGCAAAUCCAAUGAGGCCAAAGGAACUUAUAGUCUACUGUAUAAUAUAUGAUAUUAAUACAUGUUCAUUGUGCAUACAUGUACUUUGUUAAAUUCCAUUUAAUAAUAACUUCAGUGCAAUUGCAAACAUAAAAAACAGCAAUUCAUUUUGUUUA